AUGCUUACCAAUUGCGCCCAGUAGGACUUUUCUUCUGCUUAAACAGGAAAGAUUUGCAUUGCUGUUGCUUCCAGACAACUUGCUAAUUUGAGCAUUUCUCCGGAUUUUGCUUUUGCACAGAGUUUCCAGAAAAGAAGGUGCAACUCAAAUUAAUUUUGAAAUGUAUGUUGGAAAUCCGUCUGUUCUCCUGCUGACGAUUCUUAGCUGUGCCAGCCUAGGUCAGCUUUGCCUGAUACGCUCGAUCAUUAACAUUCUGGAAGGAGAAUAUUUUUCACAUUGCUGUCCCGGGGUGGAACAAGAUAGAGGCUAUGCUGUACACUGGUAUAAGGAAAGAGGAGGAGAUUGGACAUUAAUUCAAGAAGACAACAGAACUAAGUUGAGCGGGACUUACUUGGAAUUUUGGCCAGCUGUGCUGAAUGACACUGGAAACUAUGAGUGUCAUGCCAGCAAUGGAACACACGUUACCCAUAAGAACUGGUCUUUGAUUGUCCUCCAAAGAAGUAGAACAAGUUGCUUCAAUGCCAACCACGUGUCAUCUGCUAUACAUGGAAUUCUUGGAACAGUCUAUCACCUGAAAUGCAAUGAUAAAUACCACAAGGCAAAUGUUGCCAAGAUAACAUGGUACAAGGACUGCAGGAAGCUCCCUCAAACAAAGGAAGAGUGGUCUAUCGAUAACCUAACAACGGGAGAUUCUGGAAACUUCACAUGUGUGAAGUCAUUUGUUCAUGCAGGAAAGAGAUACAAUGCCACCAGUACUAUAGGACUAACAGUGAAAGAAGGUCUUGAGGAAAUCACAAAGCCUGGGCUAAUUGGACCCGGAGGUUAUACCAUCCUAACAGAAAUAGGUAAAAAGGAAAUCCUCAACUGCACAGCUUUUUUAGGUUACUCUAACACUGUAGUUGGAGACUUUCUGCUUUACUGGGCACACCAAGAUGACAUGAUAGGUCGCUGUGAGGACAACGACUUGCCAUGUGAAAUGGAAUACCAUUAUCAAGAAGAAGGGAAAAACUAUUCUUUAAAGCAGUUGUGGAUCAAGAGCGUUAAAGAGGCGGACAUCAAUUUUUCAUACACCUGCAAUUUUGUAGCAGCUGGUUACUCUGAAAGGCAAAUAGUUACACUGCAGAAAGAAACGAAUCGAGACUUACCCUUGCGUGUCUUUACCCCUGGAAUUAUCGCAGUGAUGUUGCUUUCCCUUGUUUCUGUCCUUGUGGUCGUUCUGUCUGUGAUAUUCAAAGUUGACCUUGUUUUAUUGUACAGAGAUGUCACCGGGAAGGAUGAAACGAUUGGAGAUGGAAAAAUAUAUGAUGCAUUUGUGUCUUACCUGAAAGACUGUAUACCCAUAUGUGAUGAAGAGAGAAAAUUUGCACUGAACAUAUUGCCCACAAUAUUAGAAAAACAUUUUGGAUACAAACUGUGUAUCUUUGAACGGGAUAUCUCUCCUGGAGGAGCUGCUGUCGAUGAUGUCCAGUCAUAUAUUGACAGAAGUAGAAGAUUAAUCAUUAUACUGAGUAAGAACUACGUCUCUGACAAAGUCAUGUUUGAACUUGAAACCGGGCUCCACAAGGCCUUGGUUGAAAAGAACAUUAAAGUGAUACUAAUAGAAUAUAUGCCUAUACGUGACUUUGAUUUCUUGCCCAAGUCUUUGAAACUUCUUUCACCGAGCCACGUGGUGAAAUGGAAAGAAGAGAAGUCACUCCCUUUAAAUUCCAGGUUUUGGAAGAAGCUGCGUUAUGCAAUGCCUGCUAAGCCCUCUUCAAUGAAGGAACCGUCUAUUUUGUGAGAUGUAAAUUCCAGGACAGAGCAUGACCAGUUCAGUCACCCCUGAUGGGCUUCACUCAGGUUUCAUCUCAGAAAGGCGACUAGCUUCAUAUCAGAGUCCCUUUAGAACAAGAUGUUGCUACAGGCUGUUGACUGUUUGCAAUUAGAGUGGCUCUAUUUGGGAAGAUUUGUGUCUAAUCUCCCCAAAAACAAAAUGUGUCAGAAAAUAUAGGGUGUGAUCUUUAAGUAGAUUCAGCACUCUCUGGAAGGCAACUCAACAUAGGACUCAAUAGAGAAUAUUUUGUCUCCUUAUAUGGACAGGUGUCAUUCAUAGGUUUGCUGCCUUCAGUAUUGCAGACCCUGUCCUGUGGAACUCCUUGCCAAGAGAGGAUCAGCAGGAAACGCUCCUGCCUUCUUUUAUACAUCUCCUAAAAUUGUAAUAUUCAGGCAAGCCUUUGCAAUGUGAAAUUAU